AGAGAGAGAGAGAGAGAGAGACGCAGUGACGCGGAAGAAGAGGGAGAGAGAGAGAGAGAGAGAGAAUUGGGAAAGUGAAGAGGAAAAAUGGGUAAAGAAAUUGAAAGCAGUCUUGGUCAGAGCACCAUAAAGGGUACCACCACCAUCACAGAUCAUCAUCAUCAUCAUAUCAUAAAAGCCUUUUUGUUUUCCAAGCACCGCUUGCCUUUUAUAAAUACCCACCACCACCACCACACCUCCCUUACCCUUUUGCCUUUCGAACUUCUACAACUAUUAAAAUAUUAUUUUCAUUAAACAAACUUUGAAAUUCUCUUUAUUCCUUUAUUCAUUUCCCUUCUUCUUCUUCGUCUUCUUCUUUGUUGCUGCCGAUCGAUUUCUUUGAUUUGGUUCCUUUCUCUGUCUGUCUCCAUGAAUCAUCAAACAGGGAUGUUGAACAUCGAUAACAUUGCGUUCUCAUGGGAAUCAAGCCAGCGUGUAGAAGAUGAAUUUCAAAAUUCUCAAAAUGGUAACGUGAUAAUAGACUUGGACCUCAACCAUCCUCCUCUUCUUAACAUGGCUAGAGAUGUUAUACCCACUCCUGAAGUUUGGAGACAAUUUCAACCGCAAACUUCAAAGGAUUUUGGUGGUGUUGAUGAUGAAGUUACUAUAAUCUCUCCAAGGAGAUUUGCUGAGGCAAAGAGCAAUUCAAGGAGAAAUGUUGAGGUGGUAGAUGUGGUUGUCACAGCACCAGAAGUUAAUAUUGGCCAUUCAGAUUUGUCAACAUCAUAUCAUCUUAACUGCAACAAGCGUAGAAAAUUAAAAAAUAAAGCAGUUUCGAAUUGGGAGAAUUACAUGAACUCGGACAACAGUUGCAACAUUCAGACAAAGAAUGUGAACAUUCAUCCCAAAACUACACAGAGCUUGCCUGAGCCACCUUCCUUCAAUUGUCCAAUAUGCAUGGGCCCACUGAGCGAAGAAACUUCUACCAAGUGUGGUCACAUAUUCUGCAAGGUGUGCAUUGAAGCAGCAAUAAAAGUUCAGCACAAGUGCCCGACAUGUCGUCGUAAGCUUAAAGUGAAGGACACUAUCAGAAUCUACCUUAAUACCAACUAAUAAUGAAGCUAUAAAUCCCAUAACAGUAAAGCUUUAGGACUCGUUUUGGAGGAAAGUAAAGAACAAUGACACAGCAACAUUUAUGACAAAGGACAAUUUGUUUUCGUGACCUCAUUUAAUUUACAAAUUACCAGUGGAUCUUCUUGGUGUUGGCCAAGGACUUCUACAACUUAAUAGGUUAGCUUGCUUAUGUUUUGUCUAUACUUAAAAUGCAUAGGGUUGUUCUAAUUGUGGAUUUCUGAUUUCUCAAAUGAUUCGUAAACAAAAACAUUGUUGGUACUUGAAAAGUUUUCCUUGUGAUGUAUUCGUUGUUUGUAGCAUUUGUUUUGAAGGAUUAUGGUUAAUUAAAUUUGUUGAUAUAAAAGCCAGUUUCUGCUCCCAAUUGGGUUAUUAAUGUAAUAUGAUUCUAUCUAAUGUUUUUCUUA